AGGGUCUGCUAGCCAGGGGCCUUUCCUCCGUCCGCACCACMACCACAACCACAACCACCAGCAUGGCGGCAGAASCAGCAAGCGGGGACCAGAGCGAGGCCAACCCCCUCGCCAGGCUGGGCCUCCCGGAGCCCCUGCUGCUGGGGAGCGCCAGCUUUACCCGCAAGCUCAUCCUCGGCGAGAUGGGGGUCCCCUACUCCAAGUUCGUCCGGCCCAUCGACGAGAAGGCCUUGGGAGACCGGUCGGAGAACGCCCCCCCGGAGGAGCUGGUCCUGCUCCUGGCCAACGCCAAGAUGGACCGGCUGGUCGAGGAACUCAGAGAGGGAAGCCCCGACGACCUCCCGGAGGCCCCUUCGAGCGGAACCGGGUGGGUGGUCCUGGCGGGCGACCAGGUCGUCACCUGCGGGGGGAGCAUCCUGGAAAAACCCGAGUCGGUCGAGCAGGCCCGGGAGUUCGUCGCCGGGUACGCCUCGGCCCCGCCCAGCACCGUCGGAUCGGUCGUCCUCUACCACCACCCCAGCGGGAUCCGGGUGGAGGGCGUCGACACGGCGACCAUCCACUUCGAAAGGGACCGCCUGGGCGGCGGGGGGGCCGCGGCCCUGGUCGACGCCCUGGUCGAGAUGGGCGAGCCCGUCCUGAGCUGCGCGGGGGGGCUGAUGAUCGAGCACCCGCUGACGAAGGAGUGCCUGGACCGGAUCGACGGGACGGAGGACUCGGUCAUGGGCCUCAGCAAGGCCCUGGUGUCGCGCCUGCUGGAGGAACUGGCGGAAGCCCUCCGGGAGCGGGGGGAGGACCCCUGAGGGGGGGGGGCGCCCGCGUCCCCGUUUCCGCCAAGCCAGAACGGCAGGGGCCCGCCGGAGGGUGGUGGUGGUGGUGGUGGUCCCCAGAGGACGAGCCCCGCCGGGCGCCAAACACGGAU